AUGGCUCCGUUCGCUACAGAGGAGUUGGAGCAGUUGCAGAAGGAACUCAUCGCCAAAAACCCGACUGACGUUUUGCAAUUCUGUGCUAAUUUCUUUAAUUCGAAGUUGGCCUUGCAGAGAAAUCAUUUAUGGCAAGUUGAAGCUAAGGCUAAGGCUGCGGGCAUUGAGCUCUUUCCUCAUCUUGAAGCCGGCGCCAUCGACUCGAAUGGUCAAGGUACCAUCCCAUGUGCCCGUCAGCCAUCUUUUAAAUCCCCAUUUGGUGACAAUGACCCCCACUCGGAUCACACAAGCUCGCACGACUUUUCGGAACGUAAAGAAGACAGUGCUGGUUUGUUCAAAGGAGGGUUCGGCGUGGGUAAGCAGACUCACAACCCUCCAGCUCAGGACCUUGAUCCAAAUGACCCAGCUGUUGCUGCCCCUGCUGAACCUACAGUAAAGAAGAAUAAUAAACUCCCCUUAGCCUUCAACGCCAACAGAAGAACCUCUGUCUCAGCCGAAGCGAUGAAUCCUGACAAGUUUAAGAGUGACUCGUGGAAGCCACCUGUAAACGAUCUCACAGAGGAACAAAGACAGGAAUUGGCCAAGACUUUAUCUCUGAACUUUUUGUUUCAACAAUUGGACAAGAAAGCAAAGGCUACGGUAGUGGCUGCUUUGCAAAAGAAACAAUACACUCAGGGUGAUGAAAUAAUUACCCAGGGUGACGUUGGUGAUUACUUCUACAUAAUCGAGUCCGGUACCGUCGAUUUUUAUGUGAAUGGCACCAAGGUCAACACAUCCAGUGACGGCUCCUCAUUUGGUGAGCUUGCUCUCAUGUACAAUUCACCUAGAGCCGCUACUGCUGUAGCUGCCUCCGAUGUGACUUGUUGGGCAUUAGACAGGGCCACUUUCCGUCGUAUCUUGUUGGAAGGAACAUUCAACCGAAGAAUCAUGUACGAGGAUUUCUUGAAGGAUGUCACCGUAUUGAGGGGCUUGACUCACCAGGAAAGAUCGAAGCUUGCUGAUGCGUUGAGUACAGAAAUAUACCAUGCUGGCGACAACAUCGUCACCGAAGGGGAGACUGGGGACAAGUUUUAUCUCAUCGAGAGCGGCACUUGCGAGAUUUCCAAGGAAGCUGAAGGUGUCAUUGGUACUAUUGGCAAGGGUAACUACUUUGGAGAAGUCGCAUUAUUAAACGAUUUGCCCAGACAAGCCACGGUUAAGGCGUUGGAUAACGUGAUUGUUGCAACUUUGGACAAAUCAGGCUUCACAAGGUUGCUAGGCCCAGCACUUGAUUUGUUGAGAGAAAAAGAUCCAACAGCAGCAUCCACGCACCAAUCCUCUUAG